AUGGAGUACGACGCGGAGGACCAUCAUUGGCACCUCAAGCCGACCCCGACUCCGGCAUCGUUCGAGGAGGCCUUGGGAUUUGAGCAAUCGGCUUUCGGUAGUCACGGCCGCCGCCUCGAUGGCCCUUCGAAGGUCUGGAUACCGGUCGCCGUCGUCUACACCUUCAUCAUAGGUUUGGGCUUGAUGACGCUCUUUUUCCAGCGCCUCACUCAUACUGCUCGCAUUCGCGGUCACUGGCUGGGUAACUCGUCAGUGGUUGCAUUGCAUGCCUACCUCACCAUGAUCCUCAUAGCCUAUCCGAUCAGGUUCUGGUAUGUAUGCGCGGCCGAAUUCUGGGUCAUGGCCCUCGUCUUCCCGGUCGGUCUCGGCCUCUAUCAAAUUUCGAAUUCCCGCCUCAUCUUCCACUACCAGACCCAGCAAGAACUUCUAGUCACGCCGAAGCGCAACAAGAAGAUUAGGGCUCCUAUCUGGUACCUGCACCCAUGUGCGUUCCUGAGACACCACAAAAACAUGGACUUUGUGACCAAAACGCGCGUUUUCGUUUUCGGCACCUGGGUUUUCACCGUCUUCGCUUGUACUUUCAUGUACAUUGGAUCCAUCAAUUUCCACGAGGGUCAUGGUUUCUUUGGAGAAUGGUCGGGAAAAGCCAAUUGCCACCGCGGGCCGCACGGCGAAUGGGUACCGACGGCAAUCUCACAACUCCUCAUUUGCUGGGUUUGGGGUCCAUACACGCUCUGGUACGCCAGAAAUAUUCGAGACUCCCACUACUGGUCUAUGCAGACGAAGAUAAACCUCAUCGCCGGGAUGCCUGGUACUCCACUUUGGAUGGCGUUCUUGUAUUCGAACAACCCGACCGUCAUCGCCAUCAACCGGUGGUUUCCUCAUUCCGGAUGGUUCAUCCCUGGGAUCAUGACGAUCCAGAUAGGCUCCAUAGUCUUUCCCCUCCUUGAUAUUUGCCGGACUCCGAUUCCCAUAUACACGGCGGCUGCGGAGGGUGAGCAUGAACUCAACAACUUCAACUCUUCUUCCAAUGCUCUCAACCGGAAAUUCAACAAAGCCUUGACUUCCAUGGCGGCGUUCGAGAGCGCAUUGGAGAAAAACGUUCAACCGCUGCUAGCUUGGGCGGCCAAUCGUAACUUCACGGCAGCCGACAUCAACUUUCUCGUCUUUGUACGAAACUGGAAGAACAACUGGGGUGGUCCGGGCAGACGCAACCGAGCGCUUACUCCGAGUCAGGCUUGUCGCCGUUUCGAGGAUGCCGCGGUCAUCUUCUUCACUUUCAUCAACCCUACAACGUCCAAGGUAACGGUCAACAUCGGUGACGCUACUUACAAGACUAUUUCCAAGUACUUUGUUGAUGUGUUGCCGCAUAACCUCCCUGGAGAUGAUAACAGCCUCUUCUCUGUUCAACAGCAAGUGGCGCCUUGGGAGAAGGACGAACACACGUCGCAGAACCCGGGAGUGGACGGGUUUGACCGAGCCAGGCUGCAGUAUAUCGGCAGCGAUGAGGAUCACGACGAUUACGAUGCCAUUCCGAAGGGUUUCAGUCUGUCCGUGUUCGAUGACGCUUACAACGUCAUCAAGGACGACAUUUUCUACAACACCUGGCUUCGCUAUGUCAAUGAGUUGGACCCGAACAGCGACGCGAUGGGUUCGAGCAAGGACGACGGCUUGACGGCGAGCCCGUUGUCGGAGCUUCCGAAGGCGCACACGCGUGCAGCUCGUUCCCCUGCGAUCUAA